AAAAAAAAAAAAUUAUAGAUAAAAAGGCCAAUUAUGCGGAGAAAAAUCGCAAUUUCUCUAUAAUAAUUAAAAUAAUAAUUAAUCUCUCUCUUUUUUUUCAAUAUUAUCACAACAAAAUUUUUCAAAUUAUAAAAUUCGUAAAUUAUUCAACAAUAUAAUGGAUUAUUAUAAUAUUUUACAAAAUAAUGACGAGUUCAAUAAUUAUUCUAAUAACCUGCAACCACUCCAAAUGGAUCAUACCCUAAACAAUAAUGUGGAUUCUUCUUGCGACUACUCCGAUUUUUCUUCUAUAACGAGCAAUAAUAAUAUUCCAACAUCUUAUAUGGCCAACAAUUACGAACAACAACAAUCACUAUUCUCUUCUAUAAAUAAUGAAAAUUAUACUACAACUACGCAGUCCUUGUCCUAUGAACCGCAGUAUACCAGCCAUACCAGCAGUCAUGACAGUCAUAUCGCUUCGCCACUUAAUUCGCUCAACAUGAUUACUAAUUCUUCUCAAAUAAAUCGUUCUGAUAUAUUUAAAUUUGAAAUUCCAGGAUUCAAAAUUAAUUUAAAUAAUUUUGAUACGCAAAACCAGGUUCAACAAGGUUACACCUCUCCAAUCGUUGAUAGUCAUAAUUCGCAAACUCAAUUUAAUAAUUUCCACAACUAAUACUUUUUUAAAUAAGGUUUUUAUUUUUGUUACAUUUUGAUAAAUAUUAUAUUUUAACCAUUUUUACUAUUAUUAUUAUAUCCCUCAAAAAAAGAAAAAAUAAAUAAAA